AUGUUAUGCCUUUCAGAAUUGAGCCAAGAGGAGUCUGAGGAUGUGAUUUUUAAGCAGGCUUGGCUUGCAUAUUUCUGGAGAAGAGCAAAAAAACAUGGGUUAGAACCAGAAAUUGUGGAGGAGCGUUUGCAAGUCUGGAUGAACCAAGGCACUCAACCACCCACCUCACAUGAUGCAGUUGAUGUGGAGCGUGGCUUAAUGGAGCUCAGGAAAUUAGGGAUUGAAACCCAAUUGUGGGAAGGAUCUCGCAAAUUGAUUGAUCCAGACUCCAACUAG